UUGGUACUGCAGCCUGUUAAAAAAAAGGGGAAGAAGAAGGUGGCAGCAGCCCCAUUGGUGGCUAAGAAAGCUGCGGAACCCAAAAAAGUAGCUAACCCCCUGCUUGAAAAAAGACCUCGAAACUUUGGAAUAGGUCAAGAUAUUCAGCCUAAACGUGAUCUGAGUCGCUUUGUAAGAUGGCCCAAAUACAUUCGUCUCCAGCGACAGAAAGCAGUGCUGAUGCAGAGAUUGAAGGUCCCUCCCCCCAUCAACCAAUUCAGUGGAUCACAGGCUCUUGAUAGGCAGACAGCUACCCAGCUGUUCCGGCUUAUGGAUAAAUACAGGCCUGAGUCUAAACAACAGAAGAAGGCUCGUCUGAAGGCUAGAGCUGAGGACAGGGCAGCAGGAAAGGAGGACAAGCCUACUAAACGACCCCCAGUCAUGAGGUCAGGGGUUAAUACAGUGACCGCCCUCGUGGAGCAAAAGAAAGCUCAGCUGGUUGUCAUUGCACAUGAUGUUGACCCAAUUGAAAUUGUUAUAUUCUUACCAGCCUUGUGUAGAAAGAUGGGGGUACCUUACUGCAUUGUAAAAGGAAAGGCAAGAUUAGGACGUGUUGUACACAGAAAAACAGCUACUUGUCUGGCCUUCACAAAUGUUAAUUCAGAAGAUAAAAAUGCCCUGAAUAAACUUUCUGAAGCUGUCAAGACUAACUUUAAUGACAGAUUCGAUGAGAUUCGUCGUCACUGGGGAGGUGGUCAGAUGGGAUCUAAAUCUCAAGCACGCAUUAACAAACUGGAAAAAGCAAAAGCUCGUGAACUUGCCCAAAAAAUGGGAUAAAAACACUGAAAAUAAAUUAUGGCUGAAUA